AUGGAAGAGUAUACAGCAUGUGGUCUACUGGUUAUCUAUUGGCUUGGGUUUCUAAUGUACUGCAUUAUCCAAUACUUUUUUCCAAGUAGAGAAAAGAAUUAUCCAACUGUGUUAUGGUUAGAUAGAACACAUGAUGAUUCGAUGGUUACAAUGAUAAAAAAUAUAAGUAAGAAUCGUUUAAUAACAUUUACAACUUCGGAGGAGUGCGUGAAUUAUAUAAACUCAUUGAAAAAUACAAAUCAAGGAAUCUGCUUAGUAACGUCUGGUUCAUUUGGUGUUACAGUCAUUCCGUUAGUUCACAAUAUAAAUCAAAUUGACUCAAUUAUUGUCUUUUGUAUGAAUAAAGCAAAAUAUGAAUUCAUGCAAGAACGCUAUACAAAGAUUCGUGAAAUUUCUGAUACUUAUAACGAAGUAAUGAUUCAUUUACAAAGCUAUCUAAAAUCAAUAGAUCAACAGGGAACAACAGUCAACAUUUUCGACUUGGAAAAUUUGAAAAAAAUACGGAAUUCAAAUACAACAGAUUCUCACCUUGCCUAUACAAUAUUUAACGAAGAUAAACAACGUUCGAUGCGUGAUAUAUCAAAAUCAGACACGUUUUUUCUCUGGCUAAAAUUACUCACUAGUGUUCUGAAGAAAGUUCGACACACGCAAGCCACUAUGGACGAAAUGCUGGAUUGUUGUCGAGAAUAUUAUAAAGAUGAUCUCCAAGAAUUGAAUAAAAUCGAAGAAUUUCGAAGUACAUAUAAAAAAGAAAAGGCCAUAUAUUGGUACACAAAACCGACAUUUGUUUCCAAGUUGAUUAAUAAAGCUUUAAGAUCGGAAGAUUUUCGUGCACUUUAUGCUUGUCGAGCUUAUAUUGCUGAUUUGUCCGAACAACUUCAUGACGAAUACGAACAAUAUAAACAACUACUGAUUGAUUGCGAACAACCAUUGAAUCAAUGGACAGUUUACCACGGUCGAGCAAUGUCACAAGACGAAAUCGAUCUCCUAUGUAGUAGAAAAGGCCAUUUGAUUUCAUUGAAUGGAUUUCUAUCAACGAGUCAGAAAAGAGAAGUUGCUGAAUUUUAUGCCAAAGAAGUUAUGUUUAUUAUUCAAACAACAUUCGAUUUAUCACAUGGCUGCUUUGCACAUGUAGCACCUAUGAGUUAUUUUUCGCAAGAAGAUGAAGUUUUAUUUGAUCUAGCAUCAGUCUUUAGAAUACUUGACAUAAAAUAUGAUCGAAAGACCCAUAAAUGGUAUAUUUAUCUUGUAACAACGGACGACGGAACGAAUGUUGUACAAGCAUACAUCGACUCGGUUGAUAUAGAAGCAAGUGAAACCAACGCGGAUUUUAUAUUUGCUCGAUUGUUAUCACAAAUGGGUGAAUACAAACUUGCGCAUGAUUAUUUGAGUAAACUUUCUCAAAUGAUAUCUAACGAACACGAUAGUCGUGAUACAGCCCUCGUUCAUUAUUACCAGGGGUUGAUUUUAUACCGAGAAGGUAAGUAUGUUGAAUCUAUGGUUGAAUAUGAGAGAGCACUUACUAUACAACAUAAAAUAUUUCCAAAUGGUCAUUCGGACCUAGGUGAAACUUUAGGUGGAAUUGGUUUGUUAUAUGACAGUAUGGGAAAAUAUAAUCUUGCUUUAGAGAAACAUAUUGAAUGUUUGAUCAUGAGUGAAAAAACACUUCCGAAAGAUCAUGUGCACAUCGCCGAAGCGUUGAAUAAUAUUGGUCUUUGUUAUGACCGUNAUGAGAGAGCACUUACUAUACAACAUAAAAUAUUUCCAAAUGGUCAUUCGGACCUAGGUGAAACUUUAGGUGGAAUUGGUUUGUUAUAUGACAGUAUGGGAAAAUAUAAUCUUGCUUUAGAGAAACAUCGAGUGUUUGAUCAUGAGUGA